AUGCCCACACCCGAACGCCAAACUGGCCAAACAGCAUGGGCGCGUCCCCAACAACAGCAACACACAUCUCCCUUUCAACGUGCACGGCGUGAGCGUCUUCGCUUCGACACGUCCCAUGGUCUCAGUCCUCCCCGCGAAUCUCCCGCGCGACGUCAGCGGAACUUCGGCCAAACGGGCACAUUAGCCGGGUCCUUCGCGCACGCCAUGUCGCGCCUGCCGCUAACGGAGCUAGAAGACGACCUUUUCCUGCCCAACUACGCGCAACGAGGCUCACCCCGCAGACGCCAGAGUACCAGUGCCAUGUCAGCACGGUCUAACCCGCCAGAAUUGGAGGAUGCGUAUAGGCAAAUCGAGGACGCGAUCAGUCUUACCGACAUUGACCCGGACGAGGAAAAUGUCGUGUACAUGGCCAACAAGGAAAAGCUCAACCAUCGACUUUCCACCACUCCUCCAAGAAGAGAGCACCGGUUAUCUACCGCGUCAGAAUCGAGUUUCACGAGCGCGUCCCCCCGUCGACGGUUCAACUACACUGAGGACGAAGAGCGAUUGAGGCGGGCUACGACGAGUCAUUCGCCGGUGCUGGACAGGACUGCGUUAGGAGGCGGGCCUUCGUCCGAACAUUUACGAAGGCGGGACUCGGAAAGCCACAGUACAUCGGAGGAAGAUUAUGGCAUUGAGCCGGCAGUGAAGGCACCUUCAACUUGGGGGAGUAGGGCGAAGUCUGGCAAUAACUGGAUGAAGAGCCUCACUCGAAACCAUGAACUCGCGUCGGCUAAGAAGGAUCCUCAGGAAUCCUCAUCUCGGUUAUGGGGCGAAAUAAGUUCAAAGCGCACUCAACGAGCUGCGGAAAGUCGAGGAAUCGUGGAAGACCCAAUACGCUCACGUUACAAGCUUCCCCCACCUCCACCAGCACCAACCUCGUCUGAACUAAAGGAGGAAAUCUUGACUGGCGGUGAGAAAAUUCCAAAUACACCCAUUGCUGUUUAUAAGGAAUCCACCUUCACUAAGCGCAGUCCGACAAAACGAGACUCGCAUGACCUGAUCCGGAAGCUUGCUCGGACUUCCAGUCCGGGCCAAAUAACGACAGAAGAAACUCAGACCCCGGAAGCGACAACAACAGGGCGACGCAUUUAUGAUAGGACACCGGCUGCGCCGGGUGCCUGGAUUGACACUCCGAUGACACAGCGAGCCUCUACAUCACAACCCAGGGAGGUCACUGAAGCUCUACGACCGAGACUAGACAACUCAUGGGGACUUGAGAAGUUGGUGGAGGAAGCAAGGAAUAAGGACAAGAAGGAGGAUGCCGAAGGGCUGAUACCGAAUUUUGAACCGCUCAAAAACAUAGAAAAGAAGAAGUCGCCAGCAGAACAGCCGCAAGAACGACCGCAAGAACGGCCGGAUGAUCAACCAAAGGAAGAACCCGCCAAAGAAACAUUUGAGCUGGAGCACAUUGAAGAAGAAAAAGAACCGCAGCAGAAAAUGGAGUCGACGAGUCAGGCUAUCCGCAAUUCGCUAGAAAUGGAAAGGGACUGGAAGCCGGUAGAACUACCCCUACCUGAUCAUCCCAAGAGUGCCUUGGAAACUGUGCUGCAGGAGCACAAGAACAACAAGGACGCCCUGGACGUUGGCGAUGAUACAAUCGAGUCCCUUCAAGCUAUUGUGGAUCAGCAGCCUAGCGAGGAUACCGAAACUCAAGCAAAGGACGACGCCGCGUACGAACAGCAGGUUAUCGAAGAGCUACAGUCUGCCACGUCUUCCGAGAUGAAGGAUUUUGAGCGUAUUGAGGGGAAACUGCAGUCGCUGUCCGACAACAUGUCCCACGUAAAAUCUGGACUCGACCAGCUAGAAAACCGAGUAUCUAGGGAUAACCAGCAGAUUAUCGCUUCCAUCAGCAGGAACCCAGUGGAGACAACUAAUGGACCCAGGCAGCCGCAGCAAAACUGUGAGACGUGUAAGAGGCGCGGGAACGGCGAGAUCGUGCAUUAUUGUAUUCCCCUUCCACAUUUAUGGGAACGAGGCCGCUUUUGGUGGUUACCCCGACCAACUCGCUUAGGCUGGUCCAUCCUUAUCCCGCUCGUUUGGUUUGUGUUGGAGAACAUGAUGUGCGAUGAAUAUUGUCAUCCAUUUUUCGCCGAGACCUGCGAGGGAUACUGCUUGGAACCAGAUGCGCCUCGCUAUCCGUUUGUGAUCCCGACGAUGUUGUGGCGCUGGUUGCAUUUAUCCGAUAUUCUUGCCCCAGUCGGCGCGAUCCUGAUUGCCUUUUCUCGGAUUAUCUCACAAAUGAUGGGGCUGUCGGAUGGAUUUGUGGAUGAUUUGGAACUUCCGAAAAUCAACCUGACCGGCAAAGUCUGGAUCAACGGUACUAGGAUGGAAGAUUUACCCCCUCUUGAAACCUCGAUCUCCGAAAGCUUCACUCCUCCAGUUGCGCAAUGGGAGACAACGACAUAUGUUUCAGAGCCGAUGCCAGAGAUAACUCCCGACCCAAACACUUAUAAUUGGGACGAUAUCUCAAUGGAUGACGAUGAGUUUCUCUAG